UACCAUGCAGGGAUUUGAUAUUGCUAUUUUACCUAGCUCUACAUACCGAUGUCAGUGAAUACAGUCAUUAUAUUUCACUCUCUGAAAUGUGUUUCUUGUAUGAAAUUAUAGUCGUCUGUAUCAGAAGUAUAGUUGUGCUGCAGUGACAAUAAUGGAUCGGGUGAUUCAAGAAUUAAGUAAGCCUUAUUGACAGGUUAUAUUGAAGCUGCUAAAAGGUGGCUAAACUUGGUUCAAAUAUAAUCAACAUUACGCAAACGGAGACUCGUCUUUGCACACGAUUAUGCGUAGUGGCAAGGAGGAUCUCGUUAAAUUUCGUAUAAAGCACGGAGCUGAUGCGGAGAUGGAGAAUGGAGAUGGACAUCCACGUUUACAUCUUGCUGCAUCGCUGGGACAUCUGGAAGCAAUCAGAACUAUACUAAGGCAUGGAGAAAAUGUGAACAAAGUGGCCCGGAAAGGCUACACUGCUUUACACAUUGCUGCUAACAAUGGUCAUGUUGACGUCAUCAAAUAUCUGAUCAGUCAAGGAGCUGAGGUUAAUAAGGGAGAUAAUGAUGGUUGGACUGCAUUACACAGUGCUGCUAACAAUGGUCAUGUUGACGUCAUCAAAUAUCUGAUCAGUCAAGGAGCUGAGGUUAAUAAGGGAGAUAAUGAUGGUUGGACUGCAUUACACAGUGCUGCUAACAAUGGUCAUGUUGACGUCAUCAAAUAUCUGAUCAGUCAAGGAGCUGAGGUUAAUAAGGGAGAUAAUGAUGGUUGGACUGCAUUACACAGUGCUGCUAACAAUGGUUAUGUUGACGUCAUCAAAUAUCUGAUCAGUCAAGGAGCUGAGGUUAAUAAGGGAGAUAAUGAUGGUUGGACUGCAUUACACAGUGCUGCUAACAAUGGUCAUGUUGACGUCAUCAAAUAUCUGAUCAGUCAAGGAGCUGAGGUUAAUAAGGGAGAUAAUGAUGGUUGGACUGCAUUACACAGUGCUGCUAACAAUGGUCAUGGUGACGUCAUCAGAUAUCUGAUCAGCCAAGGAGCUGAGGUUAAUGAGGGAGAUAAUGAUGGUUGGACUGCAUUACACAGUGCUGCUAACAAUGGUCAUUUUGACGUCAUCAAAUAUCUGAUCAGCCAAGGAGCUGAUGUUAAUAGGAGUGAUAAAGGUGGACAGACUGCACUACACAUCGCUGCUAAGAAUCACCAUCUUGACGUCGUCAAAUAUCUGAUCUGUCAAGGAACUGAGGCUAAUAAGGGAGAUAAUGAUGGUUGGACUGCAUUACACAGUGCUGCUAAGAAUGACCAUCUUGACGUCGUCAAAUAUCUGAUCGCUCAAGGAACUGAGGUUAAUAAGGGAGAUAAUGAUGGUUGCACUGCAUUACACAGUGCUGCUAAGAAUGGUCAUCUUGACUUCAUCAAAUAUCUGAUCAGCCAAGGAGCUGAGAUAAAUGGGGGUAAUAAAGAUGGUCAGAGUGCUCUACACAUCGCUGCUAAGAAUGACCAUCUUAACGUCAUCAAACUUCUGAUCAGCCAAGAAGCUGUGGUCAAUAGGGGUGAUAACGAUGGUCAGACUGCUCUACACAUCGCUGCUAAGAAUAGUUACAUUGACAUUCUGAAGGUCCUACUUGCAAACGGAGCACGAUCUGACACGGAAGACAAAUCAGGCAACAUACCGAUACACUAUGCAAGGGAUGAACCAGUCAGACAGAUAAUUUCUCCAAGGUAA